AAUAAAACAGAUCUCAAGAGUCAAUUCAGUUUGAGUUUCACAAUGAAACAAAUUACUUUAUUUGUGCUGAUUAUUUUAACAUUUUCAUUAACUCGAUCAGACUAUACUGAUCCACACUGGCGGGCUGGACGUAGUGCUAUGGUCCAUCUUAUGGACUGGAAGUUUUCUGAUGUUGCGACUGAAUGCGAGACUUUCUUGGCACCAAAUGGAUACGCUGGAGUGCAAGUAUCGCCAGUUAAUGAGCACAAUAUUUUUGAUGAUCAACGCUCAUGGAUGGAACGUUAUGGACCAGUCAGCUACAAUCUAACAACUCGAUCAGGAAAUGUCGCUGGAUUUGCAGACAUGGUAAGGAGAUGCAAUGCUGUUGGAAUUCGAAUUUAUGUUGAUGUUGUGUUCAAUCAUAUGACUGGAUCUGGAGUGUUAGGGUCUGGUGGAAAUACAGCUGAUCCUGUUAAUCGUAAUUAUCCAGCUGUUCCAUACACAAAUGAACAUUUCAACCCAAAAUGUGAUAUAACUGAUUGGACAAAUGUGAAUCAUAUCAGAAAUUGUGAACUUUUUGGAUUGCCUGAUUUAAAUCAAGGACAUGAGCAUGUGAGAACACAAGUUGCAGCCUUUUUGAAUCAUUUGAUUGACCUUGGUGUUGCUGGCUUCCGUGUCGACAUUAUGAAGCACAUGUGGCCUCAUGAUGUAACAGCUAUCUGGUCUCGCCUUAAGACUUUAAACACCAACCAUGGAUUUGCAGCAAACUCAAAACCAUUUGUUGUCGGUGAAGUAUCCGAUGGUUAUGAUCUUGCACGUCAUGGCUUCCUUGCUAGUGAAUACUUCCAUUUAGGGACUGUUACUGAAUUUAGAUACUCUGAGGAGAUUUCAAGAGUUUUUAGCGGACGGGACUUGUUGAAAUGGUUGCAGAGCUUUGGCGAAGGCUGGUCAUUCUGGCCAUCAAAAUAUGCCUUAACAUUCGUCGACAAUCACGACAACCAACGAGAACCAGCAAAACAAAUCUUAAACUACAAAGACGGACGCCUCUACAAAAUGGCAACAGCAUUUCAUAUGGCAUGGCCUUACGGUGUUCCCAGAAUCAUGAGCUCAUUCUACUUCACGACUUAUGAACAAGGACCACCAAUAGAUGCUGCUGGUAACAUUGUUGGACCAUCAUUUGAUGCCAGCGGUCAAUGUACAGUCGCAUCAGGUUGGGUUUGUGAACAUCGAUGGCAACAAAUUAAGGAAAUGGUUAAGUUUAGAAAUGUCGUGGCUGGAACAGCUGUCCUCAAUUGGUGGGACAAUGACUCUAAUCAAAUUGCAUUUUCACGUGGCAAUCGUGGAUUUAUCGCAUUCAAUGGACAAUUUAAUGUUAAUCUAAGUGCAAUAUUACAGACAGGAUUGCCAGCUGGAACCUAUUGCGAUAUUGCCACAGGUUUAAAAUCAGGAAGUUCUUGUACUGGUGGAACUGUCACUGUCGGCAGCGAUGGACGUGCUGCAAUAUUUUUAAGUGCUCACGUUCCAGAAGGUUUUAUUGCAAUUCAUGUCGAUAGUCGAUUGUGAAUUUGAUAUUAAAAUAAUUUUUUUUUUAAUUUUUUUGAAAUUAAAUUGAAAAUCGUUUGGCGCGUUGCAGGAAAAAAAUGAUAAAAUUUAUUGCAAUUUAAUAAAUGAUUUUGUUUUAUUGGUUGAUUCUGAUUGUUUUUAAAGCAACGACUUAAUGUCAAGUUUGAUUCUUAAGCAACGACUCAAUUUCAAGUUGGAUUCUAAAGCGACGACUUAAUAUCACGUUUGAUUCUAAAGCGACGACUCAAUGUCAAGUUGUAUUCUAAAGCGACGACUCAAUGUCAAGUUGUAUUCAAAAGCGAUGACUCAAUGUCAAGUUGUAUUCUAAAGCGACGACUCAAUAUCAAGUUGGAUUCUAAAGCAACGACUCAAUGUCAAGUUGUAUUCUAAAGCGACGACUCAAUGUCAAGUUUGAUUCUAAAGCGACGACUCAAUGUCAAGUUGGAUUCUAAGGCAACGACUCAAUGUCAAGUUGUAUUUAAAGCGACGAUUCAAUGUCAAGUUGUAUUUUAAAGCGACGACUUAAUAUCACGUUGAAUUCUAAAGCGACGACUUAAGCAAAUUUUUUAUUAUCAAUUUUGGUCAUCAAAUUUUCAGGAUUACAAUUAAGUUUAUGACAUUUUAAUCUGUAUUCGAUUGAAUUUAAGGUUAAUUGGUGUUUGUUAAAUCUAUUUUACACUUGAUUUCUGCUUCUAAUUCUCUCAAAUAAUCCUGAUCUUGCUGAUCUAACACCAUUGUAGCAGGUCAAGUCGUCGAAAUCUUGUGAUACGCAUCUAUUUUGAUUAAUAUCGUAUUUAGCAUCGGUUCCACAUCGUUGAAGGUAUGAUCUUCCACCAGCACAGAAGAACCAAAAAUCACACGAUUCUGGAUGUGGAUGAGCAGAUCCGUCAAAUUUAUCAGCACAGUUAAAAUCAACUUGAUCUGGAAGUUCAACGACUGGAAG